CUUUCGUUCAAACAAGUUUAUUUGGUUUAUAGUCCAAGGAUCAAGUAUUUAAUGAUAAAAACGGCAAUAUUAUUUUUAAUCGCUGUUCCUUGACGGUUUUGCCAGCGUAUUAAUAAUGGGGGUUCUUUCGAAACCGAUAAUCAGCGCCCUAAGUUUUUAUUUUAGCGAAUUAUAUGAGCAUCCUUUGAGAACUAAGGCGGUUAGCUGUUGUUUGGUGGCUUUAGCCGGGAACUAUGCGUCCCAGAAGAUUGUUGGCUCAAAACUGAUUGAUUUAAACAGCCUGCUGGCCUACGGUGCUUUCGGCCUUGUAUUUGGGGGGACGAUCCCGCACUAUUUCUACCAGUUUUUAGAAUACGCCGUACCAGACGAAGCCUCAUUCGCGAUAAUUAAACGACUGUUUCUAGAAAGGCUCGUUUACUCGCCUCUCUAUCAAGCAUUUUCCUUGUACACGUUGGCGCGUUUGGAGGGCAACGACCACAAAACGGCGGUUAAACAACUCAGGGGUCUGUAUUGGACAAUUCUGACCACCAGUUGGAAAUAUUUGACAGUACUGCAGCUUCUGAAUGUCAGCUUGGUGCCACCCAUGCUGAGGGUUUUGGUUGUGAACCUGAUUGGAUUUUUCUGGACAAUCUAUCUUGCCAACAAGAGGAGACAGCAGCAGGCAAAAUCCAAAAGCGCCUAGGAGACUUUAAUUGAGCUGGGUUGGGGGCAAGAAGGUGUAUUAUUGUAUGAUUUUUAUCGAAAAUUGAGUGUAUUGAUUUUAAGUAAUAAAAAUUUUGUUUUGGUUC